AUGCAGCGCGUACCGGAAGCCCUAUCCGGCACGUCCUUGAGCGUAGCCACUGCUGGGGUUCCUGAUUGCCGCGGAGCGGACAUACCGUGCGUGUCGGCCACCCUGACCGGCACGACCUGCGUCGUAGACCCUGGGGUGACUGCUUGCCGCGGAGCGAGCAUGCAGUGCAUGUCGGGCAUCCGGACCGACCCGUCCUUCGGUGGAGAAGCUGAGGUUACUGUUUGCCGCGGAGCGGGCAUGCAGUGCGUGUCGGCCAUCCGGACCGGCACGUCCUCCGAUGGAGAAGCUGGGAGCACUGUUAGCCGCGGAGCGAGCAUGCAGUGUGUACCGACCACCCUGAUCGACAUGUCCUUCGAAGGAGAAGCUGAAGUUACUGAUUGUCGCGGAGUGGGCCUACAGUGUGUGCCGGCCACCCUGACCGGCACGUCCUUCAGUAGAGACGCGGGGAACACUGAUUGCCGCGGGGUGGGCUUACAGUGCUUGUCGGCCAUCCGGACCGGCACGUCCUUCGAUGGAGAAGCUGAGGUUACUGUUUGCCGCGGAGCGGGCAUGCAGUGCGUGUCGGCCGUCCUGACCGACCCUUUCUUCGAUGGAGAGGCUGAAGUUAGUGCUUGCCGCGGAGCGAGCAUGCAGUGCAUGUCGGCCAUCCUGACCGACCCGUCCUUCGGUGGAGAAGCUGAGGUUACUGUUUGCCGCGGAGCGGGCAUGCAGUGCGUGUCGGCCAUCCGGACCGGCACGUCCUCCGAUGGAGAAGCUGGGAGCACUGUUAGCCGCGGAGCGAGCAUGCAGUGUGUACCGACCACCCUGAUCGACAUGUCCUUCGAAGGAGAAGCUGAAGUUACUGAUUGUCGCGGAGUGGGCCUACAGUGUGUGCCGGCCACCCUGACCGGCACGUCCUUCAGUAGAGACGCGGGGAACACUGAUUGCCGCGGGGUGGGCUUACAGUGCUUGUCGGCCAUCCGGACCGGCACGUCCUUCGAUGGAGAAGCUGAGGUUACUGUUUGCCGCGGAGCGGGCAUGCAGUGCGUGUCGGCCGUCCUGACCGACCCUUUCUUCGAUGGAGAGGCUGAAGUUAGUGCUUGCCGCGGAGCGAGCAUGCAGUGCAUGUCGGCCAUCCUGACCGACCCGUCCUUCGGUGGAGAAGCUGAGGUUACUGUUUGCCGCGGAGCGGGCAUGCAGUGCGUGUCGGCCAUCCGGACCGGCACGUCCUCCGAUGGAGAAGCUGGGAGCACUGUUAGCCGCGGAGCGAGCAUGCAGUGUGUACCGACCACCCUGAUCGACAUGUCCUUCGAAGGAGAAGCUGAAGUUACUGAUUGUCGCGGAGUGGGCCUACAGUGUGUGCCGGCCACCCUGACCGGCACGUCCUUCAGUAGAGACGCGGGGAACACUGAUUGCCGCGGGGUGGGCUUACAGUGCUUGUCGGCCAUCCGGACCGGCACGUCCUUCGAUGGAGAAGCUGAGGUUACUGUUUGCCGCGGAGCGGGCAUGCAGUGCGUGUCGGCCGUCCUGACCGACCCUUUCUUCGAUGGAGAGGCUGAAGUUAGUGCUUGCCGCGGAGCGAGCAUGCAGUGCAUGUCGGCCAUCCUGACCGACCCGUCCUUCGGUGGAGAAGCUGAGGUUACUGUUUGCCGCGGAGCGGGCAUGCAGUGCGUGUCGGCCAUCCGGACCGGCACGUCCUCCGAUGGAGAAGCUGGGAGCACUGUUAGCCGCGGAGCGAGCAUGCAGUGUGUACCGACCACCCUGAUCGACAUGUCCUUCGAAGGAGAAGCUGAAGUUACUGAUUGUCGCGGAGUGGGCCUACAGUGUGUGCCGGCCACCCUGACCGGCACGUCCUUCAGUAGAGACGCGGGGAACACUGAUUGCCGCGGGGUGGGCUUACAGUGCUUGUCGGCCAUCCGGACCGGCACGUCCUCCGAUGGAGAAGCUGGGAGCACUGUUAGCCGCGGAGCGGGCAUGCAGUGCGUGUCGGCCAUCCGGACCGGCACGUCCUCCGAUGGAGAAGCUGGGAGCACUGUUAGCCGCGGAGCGGGCAUGCAGUGCGUGUCGGCCGUCCUGACCGACAUGUCCUUCGAAGGAGAAGCUGAAGUUACUGCUUGCCGCGGAGCGAGCAUGCAGUGCAUGUCGGCCAUCCUGACCGACCCGUCCUUCGGUGGAGAAGCUGGGAACACUGAUUGCCGCGGAGCGGGCAUGCAGUAUGUGUCGGCCAUCCUGACCGGCACUUCCUUCGGGGAGGAAAAUGAGGUUACUGCUUGCCACGGAGCGGGCAUGCAGUGUGUGCCGAACACCUUCCGCAGAAACCCCUUCACCACACGAACCCGCCGCUCGAAAUCGACAUGA